AGAUCUUUAACUAUUAAGUUGUUUGGUAAAAUUGUAAAAACGAAACAAAAAAUCAUGGAAGAAAUCGUGGAAAAAAAGACUUCGUUCGACACAGUGUGCAGAUAGAGUUCUUAAAAUACAAAGGCAUUAGCAAAUAACGCUUUAUAAUCUACAAGUGGAAUUCAAUAAUAUCUUGUGAGAGUCAAAGGUUUUGGAGUCGAUCAAUGGCUUAAGCAAACACUCCUCCCUCGCUAUGGUCAACUAUUCCAAUUAAAAAGACAAGACUAUCAGACAAGUAUUCUUAUUGGUGGAAAAGAGGGACUGUAUAAAGUACAAAAGCAUCGAGAAGUCAUCUUAAUCAGACUGCUAUUAUCUAUUUGAAAUCGUGCUAUUAAAGGAAUAUUUGGCAUUGAGUUGGUGUGGUACUUUGAAGAUGGCGAUGAAGAUCCUAACUUUUGCGUUACUCAAGUGCUUGGUAAUAUUGUGGACUCACGAUUCGACAGCGGAGCUGAGCGCUACACAGAAACCUGACCUUCCAAGGACAUAUCUUUUUAACAAGUCCUCAACAUUUACGAUUCCUGGGACAACACAUCGACUAAGAGUUCUUCUUGUUGGAGGCGGAGGGUAUGGAUGCCGAGGCAAUGCGCCUGGGAAGGCAGGUCGCGCGGGAAAAGUGAAGGUGGUUAUCAUCGACAAUAUCUACUUAAAGAACAGAACUUUGGAAGUCAAAGUUGGCAAAGGAGGAAAGUUUCCAAGAAGUUUUGCCCCAGGAAAAGACGAUACAAGUAAAGAGUCUUCAUUUAUUAGCUAUAGGGCCGAAGGUGGAAAAAACUGUGAUUAUAUUGCUUCGAGCUUUUCGACUGACACCAGAUGUUUUGAACACUUUAAAAUCAGUCAUGUUACUCCAGCUAAGGAUGUAAAGAGCAUUAAUAUAUCGGCAUGUCAAAUUCAAUCCCCCACCGUGUUACUAAGUGGCGAUGGCGGAGUUUUAAUCGAUAACAAUGGGCCAUCAGCUAUGCCAGGAAAGAGCAAUAGAUCUUCUGCGGGUGGUAUUGGUUACGGCGCAGGCGGUGGGUCAGGUGGAAAUCACAAGACAUCUGAAGAAGGAUGUGAUCUGGUUGAUGGUGGAGAUGGUGCUCCAGGAGUGGUCUACAUUGAGGUUGUUCCAAAAGUUUGUAGAAAACCCGUUAGCGUUUUGUUCGCAAUUGCGUACUCCUCAAACAGUUCCUUCACAAGCCAGAAGAAAACCAUCCAAAAUAUCAUCAAACUGAUUCCUCAGCGAAAAGUGGGAGUUUUAACCUUCAAAGACAAAACGUUCCAGAAAGUUAAGCUUAGAGAGUACAACGACAACCAACAACUAUUCUCCGCCAUCACCAACCUAAAAAAUGCCUACUCCACUGAAAUUAUAAAUUUCACUAACGUUUAUUCAGAGGCAAUAUUGGCAUUUCGUGAGGAAGAAGCAUCCAGGAACAAGGCAAAUCUGAAGGUUAGCUUUUCGAAGACAUUGGUUAUGUUUACUCAUAGUUGGAAAAAGCAUGUCCGCCGGAGCCAACUACUAAGCCUGAAAAAAGAACUAAAAUUGUUAGGCGUCAAAAUAAUUUUGGUUGGACUUGAUGAAGACCUUACCGAUGUGCAGCUUCGAGAAAUGGUCAAUGACGAUGACUUCGUAUACACUAGUGAUGGUGAUGAUUAUGAUCUGGUGCUCCCCAUGAAAGAACCAUAUAUCAUAGAUACGAUAUGUAGAGACCCAUUGUAUUUCCAUAAUUUAACGGGAACUCCAACUAAAAGCAUUACUACUAAUAGAGUGCCUUCUACUUCAUCUCGUGAAAAGAACGCGAAUGGACUUCAAAAAGACUUUGAGUUCUUAUUAAACUACGACAUGAAGAAAGUUAAUAUAAAGAAUACGACCGAAAUUGAACGUGUCAUGAACAUUGCUGAUAAUCUGAUACUAAACAGUCACAGAAUACCAAAUAAUACCAAGACAGCUCCUGGAUUAAAGGUCAUCCAGUUCUUGGAAAAUUUUGGGCUCCAAAUGGCAUCAACAGUGGCUUCAUUUGCAGAUGGCGACAGCGGUCCUCGUAAUUUUAACACCAAACAUUUAGGCUUAACAGUCGCUACCGUGAAUUUGAUUUCAACAACUAGCAUAGAUCUGUCAAAUGCAUUGAAUAAAGGUCACGUGAUUGUACCUAAAGAUGCGUUCCAAGGCAAUGGCCGUGGAACUGUGGUGAUGUUAUCUUCAAAUCCCGUUGCCUCGAUGAAGAAAGAAAAUGGCACAGUUAUUACCAGCCAGCUCGUGUCCAUCAAUAUCAACCCCAAGUCACCAGACGUCUUCAAAAAACCUGUAGAAAUAACGUUUGAUAUUAACCAGGAUCUAUUAGACGGAAAACGAGCAAGCUGUGAAUUCUGGGAACAGAAGAAACGAGAGGACUUCCCUCAUGGUUUUUGGUCGCCAGAAGGAUGUAAAAUAGUGAGCAAGGAUGAUGCAAGUGUUACCUGCCAUUGCAAUCAUCUCACUAGCUUUGCUGUGCUAACAAGAGUGCACGUAGACGAGACGCCCUCUGAAAAUCAUGCAAGAUAUCUGACUAUCAUUACAUAUGUCGGAUGCUCCCUGUCUAUGUUGGGAUGCCUUCUUACGAUCAUUAUACAUGCUGUUCUACCGAGCCUGCGAACGGAAAGGGCUUUCAUCCAUAUUAAUCUAGUGACAGCUAUCUUUCUUGGCCAAGGAUUCUUUUUUAUUGCUGCGUUGUUGGAAGGACCUAGGGCCAUGUGCUAUUUUACAGCCGUUGCGUUAUAUUUCUUUUAUCUGAGUGUAUUUACGUGGAUGUUGGUGGAAGGUCUGCAUAUCUAUUGCUUGGUGAUUCGUGUUUUCCACUCUGGUCAUGAGAGAAAAAGAUUAUACACAGCCAUAGGCUGGC